GAGUCGACUGGAAAUCUUUGACAAUUCCUGCGUGUCUGCCCAUCACUACUGAUUACUUCCCAGAUAAACGGAGUUUACAAAAUGAUUACGUUGUGUCGGACUACAAUCUUCUUCCAGAUGAUGUUAACGCUGAUUUUGCUCAACAACGAGCAAUAUACAAGAAACCGCUUACAACUGUCGAAGUAUUUAAAGAGCUGGUCUCACAGCGUUUGGCACAAGGUUUCCAGCUAAUUAUUUUAUCAUCACUUAACAAGAAUCAAAGUAAUGCCGCUGGUAGCAAUACUGUUCCAGCGAUUAGUACAGUAAUGCGUGGCAGACAGACUGAAUCCGAACCUAAAGAGGAAUAUCUACUUAGUAUUGGAAGAAUUUUUCAUAAAAUAUCACUGUUUGAUAAUUCUAUAACAGUUACAAGAUACCGUCCACGGCACCCUUAUCCACCAUUUAAUAUUCACUAUCAAUAUCGAUUUCAUGCUCCGCAUCAUGAUACGUAUGAAGUCUCGCGAGUGUCUUUUACCACAGAAAAACUUGAGACCUAUAACUGGAAUUAUCUGGACCAUUACAUUUGCACACGAGGUCAUACUGAUUUUGCUUUAGUGGAAGCUCUCAAAUAUUGGAGGUUUCGAGUAUUUCUAUUACCAUAUAAUAAUCCUGCGACUCGUAAAAUUUUAGAAGGUUCUCCAAGAUGUGAUAUAUACACUACGCUUAGUAAUGCUGAACAAGCAUCAUUGAUGGACGGUUUUUUGCGCUUUAUCGAGGGCUGGCUGAACAAAAUACGGCGACCGAAUCCCAAUAAAAACUGGAGCCCCACAGCUCUAGGUGGUGUCCCUCCAAGAGAUCCUGCCUCUCAUUUGACCAGACGCAGGCACAGCACGAGCCUGAUAUUCCUCACUAACCAGACCAAUCUAGUUGGCAGCUCUCCUUUCAGGGAGCGACUCGGGAGCAACCGUCUGCCAGAGAAACCGAGACCAAGAUCUGGUUCUAAAGUAAUGGACAGAGGACGUGUAUCACCUGCCAGUGAAGCUGUUUUGCCGUUGUCGCUCGAGCAACAACAACAGCAGGAUCAUUUUGAUGCUAAUGACGACAGUGCAAACCAGGAGCUAACCAAGAUAAAAAGUAAUGCAACAAAUGUGGAAAUUUUGGAAGCCAUGAAACAUCCUCAGACUGGUGUUGGUUUCUUAACACAACAUCCCUCGCUUCCUAGCCAAACAUUUGUUAGCGCCGAUGCAAUCCAAUGGUUAAAUAACCAUGUAGAAGGAGGCAUGGAGAUCGAACAUGGUAUUAAUAUUAUGAAGGAAAUGAUUCAAGACAAAUUGAUAUGUCAUGCAUCCGGUGAUUUCUCACAACCCUUUAUCCUCGGAUUUUAUUUGUAUCACAUCGUGCAGGAUAAAGAAAAUCAAAAAGCCGCAGACUAUUCCGCUCCGCUCGGGAAUUUGCAAAGUUUUGAGAAUGAAUGGGUAGAAAUAGAGAUGAGACCAUCGAAAGGAUGGUGUGAACCAAUAUCUUCAACAACAGUGUCUACAGUAUCCACAAUUCCUAGUUGCGACACUAUUGAUGAAUCCAAUGUUCCAUCUUUUCUGAGAGAUGAUAUCGAUUUAACUGAAUCAAUGGAUGAUAGAAAUUGGACAGUGCCAUUGUAUAAACACACUCAUUUGGAUAUUGAUAUCAAUAAUAAAAGUGACAGGAUCGAGUGGGGUCAUUUAAGAUAUCAGUCUAUUUAUAAAGUAGAUAAUUCUUACGAACUCGUAGUACAAUGGGUAGCAUCAUCAGGCAGUAUAGUGGCUGAUCUGAUAUUCGUUUGGCAACGCAAAGCUCAAAUGUGCGGGAUACAGAUGGUACCAAUUCCCAGCGAUUUGUUGGCGUUACCAUAUACUCUGAAGAGCGAUCCUCUCAGAGGACCUAUCUUUAUACCACUUGAUACGGAAUGCUUAAUGACAAAUAAGCGGCACCUCUUUGAAGAAUUCCGAGAAGAUACCUAUGCGCAAAGGUUAUUUUUGUUCCAAGAAGCAAUCCUGCAGAGAUUUGGCUUCAUGUCGUGCUUAGUCGAAAAUACCGAAAAUGAUCGUCAGUACGUUCACAUCACUGGUAAUGCAUUUAUAUUAGUGCCAUCUAGCACGAAUACUCGGCCGCGUCCGCGAACUGCUACCAAUGUCGUGCGGCGAAAUACAGGACAGAAAAGAUAUCCGGUUCAUCCGGAUCAGUCUAGUCCGCACGAAGCGUACAUUACCAGACAUGUUGGUGGAAAAAAGGAUGACCAUAGCACAGAUAGGAAAGUGGGCUUUUUAUGGUCUUGGAAUCAUAUGGUAAGCCGUAAGUGGAAGUCUCCUUCGGCGGGCGAUGAAUUUUUCCAGAAGAAAAUCAUACAGGAUUUUCGACACUUUUGUUCCAAUGGAGACAAUAGACUUAAAGAAUUUUGGGAAUCUUGUUGGGAGUUAAAAGAAAAAACUUGUACAAAAGCAAAGUAGCAAGAUAUUGUUUUUUCCAAAGAUUUAUAAAAUUAUUAUUGAUUCAUUUUGUAAAUUUCAUCAAAUUGUUAUCAUUGCCACUCGAUUGUUAGCUUAAUAUUUCAUAUGACAAAUAUGUCGUAUGACAAAUUUUUUAAGCAUGUUGAUUGACUGCAGAAUAGAGAUCUGAAAAUCUCUUUGUCUUGUAGCCAAUCAAAGGGCUUGAAAAACUUUGUCAUACAACACAUGAAAUAUCAGCAGUCUUAAUUUACCAAAAAUACAAUUGUAUAUCAAUGUUUAUAAGGUAUAGUUAGUACAACUGUUGCAAGCAGGAUGAUAAAAAUAUGAAUUGUACAAUAUUAGUAUAUAAUGUAAUAAUAAUAAUAACAAUAA